UAAAAAAUCUUUCGCGAAAAUUCGACAAGUUUCCCUACGCGAUAAAGAAAACAUCGCCACAAGACUGACGAGGCUGCUUUCGGAGAGUGCACGCUGUGUAGAAAAAGACAUUAUAAACCACGAACGUAAAUGGCUGAACAAGGAGUCGAUAUAAGCCCCAAACAGGAUGGGGGAGUUUUGAAACAAAUUUUGCGCGCUGGCGAAGGAGAAGCGGUGCCGGUAAAAGGCAAUGAAGUCACAGUGCAUUAUGUUGGAACUCUUGAAGACGGCACAGAAUUCGACUCCAGCAGAUCCCGACAAGAAACUUUCAAAUUUACGCUUGGAAAAGGGAGUGUAAUCAAAGCAUGGGAUAUUGGUGUUGCUACCAUGAAAAAGGGCGAGUUAGCUCGUCUGACAUGCAAACCAGAGUAUGCUUAUGGAGAGGCUGGAAGUCCACCAAAAAUCCCUCCUAAUGCCACUCUUAUCUUUGAAGUGGAACUGCUUGACUGGAAAGGCGAAGACCUUUCUAAAGAUGGAGGUGUUAUCAAACAUUUGAUCAAGGAAGGAGAAAAAUGGGUCACCCCAAACGAUGGAGCAACGGUCAACAUUCGAUACAAGGCAUUUUAUAACGGGGCUGAGUUUGAAUCAAGAGAGGUUUCAUUUAUCCAGGGAGAUGGAGAUGAGGUUGGAAUUGUUAAAGGGGUUGAAAUUGCAACAAAGAAGAUGAAGAAGAAUGAAAUAUGUCGACUGGAUGUUGCUGCCAAGUAUGCCUAUGGCACUGCCGGCUGCCCAGAAAAGAACAUUCCACCAAAUGCUAACCUAGUUUAUGAAGUUGAGAUGAUUUCAUUUGAAAAGGCAAAAGAAAAGUGGGAAUUGGAUAGUAAGCAGAAACUGGAACAGAGUAAGAUUUUCAAGGAAAAGGGAACUGGAUAUUUCAAGAAUGGAAAUUACUCUAAGGCAGUAAGAUAUUACAAGCAAGUUAUCAGUUAUUUGGAGUACGAGACAAGCCUAACAGGAGAGGAAAAAGAAGAGAGGGAUGCUCUGAUUCUGAGUUCUCACCUGAACCUGGCCAUGUGUCAUCUAAAACUCAAGGAGUAUUCAGAGGCUGAAGAAGCAUGCAAGAAGGCCCUUGAAAUGGAUAGCAAGAAUGUGAAAGCAUUAUUUAGAAGAGGGCAGGCAAGACUGGAGCGCAAUGAGUAUGAAUUGGCCCUUGAGGAUUUUGAGAAAGUGGUUGAGCUGGAACCAGAUAACAAGGCUGCCAAAAAUCAGAUCUUGCUGUGCAAGCAGCGAAAGAAGCAGUUCCUGGAACGAGAAAAGAAACUUUAUUCUAAUAUGUUCCAGAAGCUCUUGUCUUCAAAGAGCAAUAAAGACUCCGCCAAUCAGGUAACUGAGGUGGGUGAAUGGAACAAUGACAUGGCAAAAGGCAUGAUGCCAUUGCAGGAAGAGAAAGCAGCAUUUGAGGAGGGCCUCUUAAAAGAGAUUGGAGAUAGCAUGGAAAUUGGUCAUGGAGAUAAGAAUGGUGGUGACAACAAUCCUGAGGUGGUUCAGCAGAUGGAAUGCAACUAGGAGGUGCAAGGUUUGACUUGGAGGACCUAUGAUGUGGACAUAUAAAAAUGAUGGAACGUUUGUGUGAAAUUUAAAAAAACACUUUAAAUGGUUUUGUUUGUGUCUUGGUUGCUUGUAAGAUGCAUUUGGCAAAGUAAUUCACAUCUCUGUGUUCAGCAUAACUUAAAAGCUGUUAAUGGUUAUCAUCACAGCUUUUAAUCUCUGUGUAGCGUAGCAGGGUUAGGGAAUAAAUUUUUCUGCCUUGGACCAUUUGGAUGUUUUUAAGAUCAUUUUUAAAUGGCCCAUGGCCCAGACGUUCCCCAUCCCUGCUAUAUAGAAACAGGCACAUCUUUCAGUCCCUUUGGAAAUUGUUGAUCAUCAUCUUGAAAGACACUAACAAUUGUGCAUCUUGAUCUGUGAAUUGUUAAUAGUGAAAACAUUUUCAUCUUAUUCUAAUGUUGAUAUUUCAUUGUUGCAUGGGAAACUGUCAUUCUAAUCUUGCAUGAACAGCGCAGUUAGCUUGCCUCCGUGUGGGGGGGAGGGAGGGGUUUGGUGUUUUACGUGAAGCCAGCAAAUAAGGCUCUAUCACAGCAAGGCAGCCAGCCCUGUAAACAUGGGGGAAAUGUGCUCUACAAAUUCACUCUUUUCAUCUUGACAUGCUUUGGAUGAUGAUGAAAGUUAGUGCUGAACUAUUUACAUUCACAUAAGCAGUCUUAUCACUCUAGCUUCAUCUGCUUUCAGGUUAGUAAGUACACAUCACUGUCAACAAUAUUUCUGAUCAUCGUUUUUUAAAAAAAUAAAAUUACCCAUCUUUAAAGCUCACAGUAAGUUUCAGUGCUGUUAUUAGUCUUUCUGGUAUAUGAAUAAAAUGUAUUGGUAAGGAGAGCACAGAGGCAUUGUUGAGGCUGAUGUUUCGGUUUCAUGUGAGGAGAUAGCAGAGAUGUGUUUAUUCUACAGCACUGCUGGAAGCCAGCGAACUGCCAGGGCUUAGCUGACUGACAGAUAACAAAUUUUAUUUUGUGAACAGAGCUUGAAUAAAAACGUAUUAGAAGAAAAAUUUUAAUAAAUCCUUGUAGCUGAAUUAUCAAUAGAGGUAAAAAAUGUAUUUUGUUCGUGAUGUUUGAAAUAUGUUCAUGCAGAGAGUCAAAAGUUGAAAGCAAUGUUCUAAAUGUAAAUAUAUGUAUGUUGCAUCACAUUCUUCUUAAAAUCCUUGUGUCAUAUUGAAAAUGUUUAAAUUUAAAUGUUCACAGGUGCAUUCAAAUGUGAAUCAUUUUUCAUUACGAUGGAUACUGCUCAAGAGUUAAUGAAUUGUUCUUCACAUUAA